CGCCCAGCAAACCAAGCGUCACACUAUUUUCAUACACAAUCAAAUUUCGUGUGCAAAAAAAGAAAUGGCGCUGUCUAAAACCUUCCUGUGCGCCUUUGCUCUAAUCACUGUGGUUGUACAACAGAUUGAAUCAAGAGAAUGCUAUCAUGAUAUUCUAUCUUUCAAAUGCGAGAAGUAUUGUUGCGGGGAAGGUCCUAUUCAUUACCAGUGCAAAGACGACUGCGAAGGCAUCGCAUGCGACAGUGAUGACGACUGUGGAAAUGGCUGUUGCCGAGAUGAUGAAUGUGGAAAUUGUCCGUUAUCCAUAACCAUCAUAGCAAUUAUCGUAGGAUGUGCCGUGGUUUUCCUUAUAAUUAUCAUUGUCGCUGCUAUAUGUUGUUGCCAUUGUUGCCAAAGUCAACCAAGGCAGGUCGUAGUUGGACGCUGGGCUGAACUACACAACGCAAAUAAUCUGAGAGUGGCCAACCCUGCAGUUAACGUGGUUCACACUAGCUCUAAUGCCUACAUGCAACACUAAAUGCUAAGAAGAAACUGUGGGACUUUCAGCUGAUGUGUCAAUGUGUUUUACCAUUAAUUUGACCAGAUUUGAUUGCUUAUACUACAAUUUUUUUUUAUAUAAUAUACGUAAAGAAUGUACAAACAGAUGGAUUUUUAUUACUGAUGAAUCAGAUAGAUUUUGUAAAUUCUAGGAGUUGUUUAGAUCAUAUAUGUUUAGAUCAAGCUAUAUAGCUUAAUCGUGUAAAACUCAGAAACGGACUAGCUAGCUUUCACUUUCACUUUCAAUACCAGGGUCCGUCAUGGCAGAAAUCUUAGAAAUCGUGUUAGAAUCAGGAAUUCAACUUGAAAUCAACAAGCAAUCGCUAGAAAUAACCUAAGAUAAUUUAACAAUCAGAAAACCCAAACAUUCUUGCAAAGGCUUCAAACGUGGUAUUCAGCCACGGCACGAACAAGUUUGUUUGCGUAUUACGACAUUGCAUAAUUAUCACAAUAUUUUUGUUUUUAAAUUGCUCCAAAGUUUGAGUAAACCAUACUUUUAGUUAACGAAAUUUAGUACUACUGUAUCUUAUAUUUCAUAUAAUCUUAAAAUUGGUGUUGAAAUCAGUAAAAAUAACGAAAUCAGCUCAGAAAUCAAGUUUUUUCGGAAUGUCGUACAUAUUUGAUAAUUGAAAGCCGUGGGUGUCAUAUAGUAUUGUUGCCAUACCAGGAGGUCAUAUAAUAUUAAUGCUUUUACUGACUCUUUACUUGCAUGUAGAAUAAAAUUUGUGUGUAUCAAAAAUAUCGCGAGAAUCCUGCUAAAUGUUUCGACAUUUUCCACCUGGAACAAGUAGAGAACUACUUGAUUAGCUAGGUCUCAAAAUAAUACGGGAAUUGCGUUGAUUUUCACUCGCUACCCACUCAUCUCAGGCCAACCUCGUUCCCAGGAUCUUCCCUCGUUCCCAGGUUCACAGGUUAGAUGCUGGGCAUGACCCAACUUGCGAACGGGCGUACUCUGGGUACGAGAUUGCUAAUACGCCUGUUCAGGAUACAGGAAAAGAUCGAAAAGUCGAAGGUCAGCUAAAUAUUCUAAUUCUACUUUCUUGGCAUGGGGGUUUUUAUAUGAAUCCCUUCAAUGCUUAUAACGUCUUGCUUUUGUAUGUAUAAUUAUACUGUUAAUGGUGAAGCUAGCCAUUAUUAAACUAAACUAAACUCUACAUGUCCUGUUUCGAUAAACGAGUACUGAUAGUACGAUUAAAAACUGUUCUGUUAACAUUCCU